AUGGCUGCAAUUGGAAUAGAUUUAGGAACAACAUAUUCUUGCGUUGGUGUCUGGCAACAUGGGAAUGUGGAAAUCAUAGCGAAUGAUCAAGGGAACCGCACUACUCCAUCUUAUGUUGCUUUUACGGACACCGAGCGACUCAUAGGAGAUGCCGCUAAGAAUCAAGUGGCUUUGAAUCCAAACAAUACAAUAUUCGAUGCGAAACGCCUCAUUGGUCGUAAGUUUAAUGACCCCAAGAUACAACAAGAUCUGAGGCAUUGGCCAUUUAAAGUAGUAAACGAUGGUGGAAAACCAAAAAUUCAAGUUGAAUAUAAAGGUAAAACAAAACGUUUCGCCCCAGAAGAAAUUAGUAGCAUGAUUCUCAUUAAGAUGAAGGAUAUUGCAGAAGCCUACUUGGGAAAAAAUGUCAAGAAGGCUGUUAUUACUGUACCCGCUUACUUUAAUGAUUCCCAAAGACAAGCUACUAAAGAUGCUGGAGCAAUUGCUGGGCUAAACGUGCUUCGGAUCAUAAACGAACCAACAGCUGCUGCGUUAGCUUAUGGUCUAGAUAAAGAUCUCAAGGGCGAGCGCAACGUGUUGAUAUUUGACCUUGGAGGAGGAACUUUUGAUGUAUCAAUCCUGACAAUUGAUGAAGGUUCUUUAUUUGAAGUUAAAGCAACUGCCGGGGACACCCAUCUUGGUGGUGAAGAUUUUGAUAGCAGGCUGGUUAAUUUUCUUGCUGAUGAAUUUAAACGAAAGCAUAAGAAGGACUUACGAAUGAAUCCGAAGUCACUCCGACGUCUUCGAACUGCAGCUGAAAGAGCAAAGCGUACACUAUCUUCCAGUAGUGAGGCAAGCAUUGAGAUCGAUGCUCUCUAUGAAGGGAUCGACUUCUUUUCAAGAGUGUCUAGAGCACGAUUUGAAGAAUUGAACUCAGAUUUGUUUCGCACUACUUUAGAGCCUGUUGAGAAAGCUUUGAACGACGCAAAACUAGAUAAGAACUCUAUACAUGAUAUUGUGUUGGUAGGAGGAUCUACUCGUAUACCUAAAAUACAGAGCUUGCUACAAAAUUUCUUCAAUGGAAAGAAGUUGAAUUUGUCUAUUAACCCUGAUGAGGCAGUUGCUUACGGAGCAGCAGUACAAGCGGCUAUUUUGAGUGGUGAACGUCAUUCUAAAAUCCAAGAUGUUCUUUUAGUAGAUGUGGCGCCUUUGUCUUUAGGUAUUGAAACGGCCGGUGGCGUCAUGACAGCUAUUGUUGAACGAAACGCAAAGAUACCUUGCAAGCAUUCUCAAACUUUUACCACUUACUCAGACAAUCAGUCAGCGGUCACCAUUCAAGUUUAUGAAGGUGAAAGAGCAAUGACAAAAGAUAAUAAUUUAUUGGGAACAUUCGAUCUUACUGGAAUUCCCCCAGCACCACGUGGUGUACCUCAAAUAGAUGUUUCAUUUGACAUAGACGCUAACGGAAUUCUCAACGUUUCUGCGAAAGAAAACAGCACUGGAAAAAGCAAGAACAUAGUCAUAAAGAAUGAUAAAGGUCGCUUGUCUCAAGCUGAGAUUGAUAGAAUGUUGUCUGAUGCUGAGAAGUAUAAGGACGACGAUGAGAAACAGAGAGGCCGCGUGCUAGCAAGAAAUAAGUUGGAAACUUACGUGUUCAAUGUCAAGCAAGCGAUUGACGAUGCGGGGAGCAAGUUGGGCGAAAUGGAAUGUGCUAAGAUCCGUCGUAAGUGUGAUGAUACUUUACGCUGGCUGGAUAGUAACUCGCUGGCUGAACAGGACGAGUAUGAAGCGAAGUACAAGCAAGUUUCUCAGGAGUUCACUCCGAUUAUGAAGAAAAUCCACGGGUCUUCUUCAAAGUCAGGGCAAGGCGGCAGCGACGGACCAGUCAUCGAAGAAGUUGACUAG